AUGCUAAUUAUACAUUUUAUUAAUUUUUGUAUUUUCAGGCAACAAUUACAUGGAAUAUCUGCUCUUGAGGCUGUGAACCAGAUCCGUAGUGAAGGAAUGCUAUCUCUGUACCGGGGUAUCCUUCCUCCUCUUCUACAGAAGAGUUUAUCUUACUCUAUAAUGUUCGGUUGCUAUGAUCAGUACAGGAGAACGCUAGAGGGUGGUAUGGGGUUCAAUGUUGCACCCGCCAAGGUUUUAGCCGCGAUGUUGGCAGGAUGUACUGAAGCUUUACUAACUCCGUUUGAACGUGUUCAAACUCUCAUGCUAGACGAUAAGUACAGGAAACAGUUUAAGAACACUCCGCACGCAUUCAAUAGUUUGCGGGUAUUUGGGAUAAAGGAAUAUUAUCGAGGGCUGUCCGCCAUAUUAAUGAGGAACGGGCCGAGUAAUGUUAUAUUUUUCUCUUGUCGAGAUAAACUGAGAACAUUUGUUCCUGAACAUCCAAACCUAGGUUUACUGGCUGAUUUCAUCUCAGGGGCUUGUCUGGGUGCCCUGAUCAGUACCAUUUCAUUUCCUAUUAAUACUACAAAAACUCAUAUGCAGAAAACACUGGGAGGAGAAUUUCAGAGUUUUAGUAAAGUUUUCCUAGCUCUGUAUAGAGAACGUGGACUCUGGGGGAUGUUUCGAGGUGUUCAUGUCAACUAUACUAGAUCGUUUAUAUCCUGGGGUAUAACUAAUGUAUCCUAUGAGUACUUGAGGAACCAUCUUAAUGCAAGAGGCAGCUGACAGUCAUAGGCUGAUUCUACAGAGCUUCGUUAACACAUAGCAUCAUCUGAAGAGCUUGAUAUAUAUAAAUAAUUGAGAUGAUUAUUUAGACUGUAAAAUUUUAUCAAUUUUAUUACAAUUUUCAGGAAAUUUUUCUCUUUGUGUUAAUUUUUAGAUAUUUAUAUUUUGUUAGUCAUUCUUAGAAAGAAAUGAAUUUUCUGUCAA